GAGUCUGAGAGAAGGGUAAUUGUGGAAUUGAGGAGCAUUUGAGAGCAGCGUGCGUGAAGGGGAAGUUUACCAGCAGCGCGAGAAAGAAGGAAGACUUGGUAGUCAUCGUCACCGAAGAAAAUGCAAAAGAAGGCUUACUAGCAUAAAAAACCUCACAAAAACGACGACCAAAAUUGAACGACCUAACAGUUUUAAAUUGCAAGAAUAAAAUCCUAAUUCACAUACUGAAUUCCAACAGCAGUCAAGCCCGGCCCAUUCGAGCCCAGUACGGCCCAAGAAUGACUCCCAAACUCCAAACAGUAGUCUCCACCGCAGCCUCGGUGGCAGCCACCGUGAUGCUCCUCCGGUCCAUCGCGCGCAACUACCUCCCGCCGGAGCUCCACCGCUACCUCCGGUCAAAGGUGUCCGAGUUCCUGUCGUCAUUCUCCUCCGAAAUCACCCUCGUGAUCGACGAGUUCCACGGCCUCACUCCCAACCCUCUCUUCUCCGCCGCCGAGCUCUACCUGAAGCCCCAGGGCUCCCCCGGCACAAAACGGUUCCGCGCCACCAUGCCUCCGAAGUCGCGCCACGUGUCCAUCCUCGUGGACCACAACCACGAAAUGAGCGACUCCUUCUCCGGCGCCACCUUCCGGUGGAGGCUCGUCUCGCAGCGCGUCCCCCCCAAGUACGUCCAGCAAGACGCCUUCAGCGGCUCGUACAUGUCCGAAGUGCGAUUCUUCGAGCUUCGGUUCCACAAGCGGCACAGGGAGAUGGUUCUGGCGGAGUACCUGCCGCGCGUCAUGGCGGCGGCGGAGGAGGCGCGGCAGCGGAGGAAGACGCUGCGGCUCUUCACUCUGAGGGAUCUGAGAAUGAGCAUGGGGAGGAGAGGGGAGAUGUGGGAGUCCGUGAACCUGGAUCAUCCCGCCACGUUUGAGACGCUGGCCAUGGAUUCGGAGACCAAGGAGAUGAUAAUUAGGGAUUUGGAUAGGUUUUUGGAGAGGAAGGAUUUGUAUAAGAGUGUUGGCAAGGCGUGGAAGAGAGGGUACAUGCUUUCUGGCCCUCCUGGUACCGGCAAAUCGAGUUUGAUUGCUGCUAUGGCCAAUUAUCUCAACUUUGAUGUCUAUGACUUGGAACUCACUGAUCUUAGGAGGAAUUCUCAGCUCAGGAAUUUGCUCAUUGCCACCAACAAUCGCUCUAUUCUUGUUGUGGAGGAUAUCGAUUGUUCCCUUCAGAUGCAUGAUAGGCUUACAAAAUCAUCACAAUCACAAGCCCUUGUUACUACUCCAUUCCCACGGCUUUACAACCUACCUGAAAAACCACCACCCCAGGUGACGUUAUCGGGGUUUCUGAAUUUCAUAGAUGGGUUGUGGUCUAGUUGUGGGGAUGAGAGGAUCAUAGUGUUUACGACAAAUCACAAGGACAAAUUGGACCCUGCUCUGUUGCGACCUGGCCGAAUGGAUGUGCACAUCGACAUGACUUACUGCACCCCAUGUGGGUUCAAAAUGCUGGCGAACAAUUACCUUGGGAUCACGGAGCACCCACUUUUUGUUGAAGUUGAGAGAUUGCUUGGGAUGACCAAUGUCACUCCUGCGGAGGUGGGGGAGCAUUUUUUGCAGAACGAAGACCCGCAAGUUGCACUAGAAAGCCUGAUGGAUCUCCUUGUAGAGAAGGGACGAAAUCAUCAUGAUCAAAGCACCUCUCACCAGUUACCACUCAAUGGUUUGAGUCCAGCGGGAAGUUUUGAAAAUGAAGGAUGAUAAUCGUAGUUUGUAUAAAAAUAAAAAGGGAAAAGAAGAAUAACUACAAGUGUGGCCCACACAAUAGAUAAAGACAGGAUUUUAAGGAUCAAACUCGUCUCAUCUUUUGUCUCUCAUACUCUAUUCUCUGCUUAAUUGAAAAGAAUCUUUUAGGAUUCACGCAGUCGAGAGAUAAAUUUUGAUUAAUGAUUGCUGCUUAUAGGUAUAUAUGUAUGGAAAAAGCUUUAAAAUUGUUUAACGUUAAAUUUUAAAUU